CAGUGUCAUCAUACAUCAGCUGUUUCAGUUUUACCUUGCUAACCUACGCCACCAACCCAUAUCUCUGUUAUAUUCGUUUCACCAGACUAUCACAUCAUCAUCCUCACUUUCUCUCUCUCUCUCUAGCUUUCUCUCUCUAGACCUUGUUAUGGCGGACGCUUUCGAACCAUUCCACAUCCCUCAGCAAAGCAGACGAGACAAACUCAGAGUCGGAGGAGAUCUCCAAACCCUAGUUUAUGAUAAACCUUAUCUGCUAUCAUGCGCCACUCACACCACCACAAACCACAACACUCCGUCGUGUUUGCUACCAUGCGCCAGUCACACCACCACAAACAACCACGUCACAAGCUCGUGUUUGCUAUCAUGCGCCAUCAACAACCACGUACCUUCCUCUUAUAUGCUAUCAUGCGCCAGUCACACCACCACAAACAACCUCGACACUCCGUCGUGUUUGCUAUCAUGCGCCAGUCACACCACCACAAACAACCACGCCACAAGCUCGUGUUUACUACCAUGCGCCAUCAACAACCACGUAACUUCCUCUUACAUGCUAUCAUGCGCCAACCCUAGCAUCAACAACACCGGUGACUUUGAUUACGCUCAGCAUGACGUCACCGGAGAUUUCGUCAUACGGAAGCCUGAGCUGCUGGCGUUGUCUCUCUCCUCGAUCGCCGGAACUGGAACUGAAACUAUUCCGGUGGCGUACGGCGGCGAAGAGUUUGACCGGAGUGUUGACUCCGUUUUGAGAGGAUCGAGGUUUUUGAAACCGGCGCAAGAGUUGUUGGACGAGGUUUGCGAUGUAGGGUUUGGAGAGAGGUUCGAUGGUGGUUCAUGUGGUUUGGUCAUGGAUCCGAGUCUCGUUAAUUAUACGAAUAGUGGUACUGAUACUGAUGUUGUUCGGGUUGAGACCAAACGGUCAAGGUUGAUUUCAUUGUUAAACGAGGUCUACAAGAGGUACAAACAUUACUACCGGCAGAUACAAGCGGUUAUAGCAUCAUUUGACACAGUUGCUGGUGCAGCUCCAUUCGCAAUGUUGGACUUAAAAGUAAUGUCCAAGCAUUUCUGUAACCUUAACAAUGCUAUAACGGACCAGAUACAUGUGACCAAAGAAGACUACAAAGGGUCUUAUGGUCAAAGCGCAGUCAACAACAUGGACCAUCAGCUUGUUUGGCGUCCCCAAAGGGGUCUACCGAAGCAAGCUGUGACUGUUCUGAGAGCAUGGUUAUUUGAUCAUUUUCUGCACCCUUAUCCCACCGACACAGAUAAGCAAAUGUUGGCUACACAAACCGGUUUGUCCCGAAAUCAGGUUUCUAACUGGUUCAUCAAUGCACGCGUGAGACUUUGGAAGCCAAUGGUAGAGGAAGUACACACGCUUGAAACCAGGCAACUGCCGAAAACUGAUUUUCAAGAACAAGACACUUCUCCCCUCGGAAACUCAGUUUCUUCCUGCCCUCCAAAGCGCGCUAAAAACGACAAUAAAUAUAGCGAUCAUCAUAUAAUGGAAGGAGGAGACAAGGAGCACAUGAACCUUUAUGAUAGUUACCAUUCAAGUGUGAAUCGCGGGGUUUCAUUGACGCUCGGUCUCCAUCAAAACAACAAUGCAACCGCGUUUCCCUUGAGCGCGGUCGGAAGCAGCCAGAGAUUUGUUAUAGGUGGUUUGGAUGCACAAAAUAGAGAAAUUAUUGGGGGCCAGUUUUUGCAUGAAUUUGGUGGCUGAUGGUAUAUAGUAUGUAUGUAUGUAUGAAUUAUCAUCAAAGGGGCAUGAUGUAUACUGCAGGUUGAAUACAAGCUGAUUUUGGUGUUGCAUAUUGCA